CAUUCUGGUGGUAGCAGCGAUUUGACGACACCCAGCAGUCCACAGCGUAGCCCACCUUCUGGUGGCACUUUGGAAUUGCCCAGCACAAGUUCGAGUAGUGGCGGAAGCGCUGGUAGUGGUCAAGGUCCCUUAUCCUCACCAUCGAUCAUUACUGGUGAUCAUAAACCUAGUUAUACAGGCGGACAAGUUCUUGGUCAGCCACGCAGACAUCUUUCGCCUACGCCCUAUCAAUCUACGACCAUCACUCAUUACGCCCACGCAACAGGAUGCACCAAUACAACCACAGGUUUUACCCAUACCACAAGUCCGGCCACCACAACUGUCAGUCCUAGCAACAAUUCUAUCAUACCAUUACUGCCACUUACCUCACAGAAGCUUCAUUCUGAGUCUCCGGCAAUUACCAGCUUAACUGCUCACCACCCAAACCAACAAUCACAUAAUCAAUUUCACCAAUAUCCACAUCAACCUCAGUUACAGCACCCGGCUGUCCAGUCCUCCGAAGGCGUGUCCAAGAGCCCAUUGGGUCCUAUGGGUGUCGCUCGAAGCUCAAUUGCCCACGAAAAUAAUUUUUUAUUAUCUGGUGUCGGAGAGGCAGGUCUCGAAGGGAAAAGAGGUCCUGUUCAUGAGAUGGACCCAGAUUUGAAGCCAGAUAAAGGUUUUGGCGCAUGCAUUGUCGCGGAAGCUGAGAAACAGGUGGUGGCAGCCAGCGACCGGAUGACAGUAGAAGAGAUGCGGUCUGUGGCGAAUAGACAGCGUCAGCAAAUUGCCAGUCAGCUGCGUCAAAUUCAGGCAAAGCAGGAGCGUCUAGCCAGAUACAAAGCACGUUUGGCAUCUACCGGAAGGUCUUCGGUGGACACUCUGCAGGGCGGACAAAGACAAGUAAGUUCAAUAUAUGCUAGUUGGAAAAGUACUGAGCCUUUGGCACUUGCUCCUAUUUUAUCAAUUUCCCGUAGUACAGACGAUUUUAAUGAAUAG